CAGUGCCCAAAUACUUUUCAACGCUGCAUUUUCGAUGCUUUCAGUGAGGAGAAGCAAGCAUUACCUGCACCUAAAUUCCCGACGAAAAAGCAGCCAAAACUGAAGAAACAAGUGAAGCGGAACGAGGAGGUGAAGGCACCUCAACAAAAACAGACGUACGAUUUGUGGGAGAAAGAUUUUGUUCCAAAAGUUGAUAUCGAAUUCAAAGAAGCUGGAGAACAUCUACUGAGAUACACGAAGAAGAAGCUUCCGAAUAUGCCUUCUACAUGUCGAUUCAAACCUAGCUUACUGGAUGCCGUAGCGGUCCCUGAUGCAGGUGCAUCCUAUAAUCCAAAGGCUGACGAUUACCAGAAAUACGUUGAGAAGAUAGCGAUGGAUGAAACGAAGCUCAUCAAUGAGGAGGAGAGAAUUCAGAAAGCCAGCAAGCCUAAAUUCGAGAGCAUUGUGACUCAUGUAUGA